UUUAUUCCUUCAUCGAUCAGAGAGAGAUCUCACUCAUUUCCAAUCUCAGAUCCCUUCUUCCCGCUUCCCUCACUGCCACCAUCAUUUUUACCGAUCUGGGUAUCUCCCAAGACCCCGAAGCAAACAAUGGGUAUAGGUGGGUCUUUGAGCGACGGCAUCAUAAAGAAGAUCCUUCUUUCAUACACCUACGUAGCAAUCUGGAUCUUCCUCAGCUUCACCGUAAUCGUCUACAAUAAAUACAUCCUCGACAAGAAGAUGUACAAUUGGCCUUUCCCAAUUUCCCUAACGAUGAUCCACAUGUCCUUUUGUGCUUCCCUCGCUUUCAUCCUCAUUAAAGUCUUCAAAGCCGUCGAGCCCGUUUCGAUGUCUCGUGAGCUUUACCUCUUUUCCGUUGUACCCAUCGGUGCUCUUUACUCUCUCAGCCUCUGGCUCUCGAAUUCCGCCUACAUUUACUUGUCUGUCUCGUUUAUCCAGAUGCUUAAAGCAUUGAUGCCCGUUGCCGUUUAUUCCAUUGGCGUUAUGUUUAAAAAAGAAGGGUUCAAGACUGAUACAAUGGUCAACAUGUUGUCGAUCUCUUUCGGAGUCGCCAUUGCUGCUUACGGCGAAGCCAAGUUCGAUACUUGGGGUGUGAUUUUGCAAUUGGGAGCUGUUGCUUUCGAGGCUACCAGGUUGGUUAUGAUUCAGAUUUUGCUUACUUCUAAAGGAAUCACCUUGAAUCCGAUUACUUCCCUAUAUUAUGUUGCCCCAUGCUGUUUGGUUUUCUUGACGGUUCCAUGGAUUUUCGUUGAGUACCCAAUUUUGAAAGAGACUUCGAGCUUCCAUUUCGAUUUCGUCAUAUUCGGGACCAAUUCAUUUUGUGCUUUUGCUCUGAACUUAGCUGUGUUCUUACUGGUUGGAAAGACUUCUGCAUUGACAAUGAAUGUAGCUGGAGUUGUCAAGGACUGGUUGUUGAUUGCCUUCUCUUGGUCUGUCAUCAAGGAUACCGUGACACCCAUCAACUUAUUUGGGUAUGGACUUGCGUUUUUGGGAGUUGCUUACUAUAAUCAUUCAAAGUUGCAGGCUUUGAAGUCCAAAGAAGCACAAAAGAAAGCUACUCAAGCAGACGAGGAAGCUGGAAGAUUGUUGGAAGAAAGGGAAAGUGAAGGAACCGGCAAAAAGAGUGAAUCUCAAGAUUAGAACAGGUUGCAAAAUAAGUGCUGAAGGGAAGAGAUGUUUUGAUGAUGAUGAUCCAAAGAGCUUGCAUUCAAGGUCAAAAUACAAAAUAUGAAAAGGGAUAAUGCAUUUGGGUUUUGGU